UGGCAGGUUCUGAAGCGACGGCGACCAGUUCGUCCGUUUUCCGGCCACAUCGCGACAAGCAACGUAACCAUGGCGAUGGGAUCGGUUAUUCGGUCAGCUGUAAGGCUAGGAAGCUCGUUUCCAGCGAAUCCCUGCUACUCCAGGACUCUCAGUCGUUUGACCUCCCCUUCGGGCCAUUUGAGUGUAAGAGGCCUCUCCGCGCACUCCAAGAACAACAUGAUCUUCAGACAGCUGUUCGACCGUGAGUCCUGCACCUAUACCUACCUCCUGGCUGAUGAGGAGAGCAAGGAGGCCGUGUUGAUUGAUCCUGUCAUCGAACUGGCGGAGCGAGAUGCCAAACUCGUCGAAGAACUGGGCCUGAAUCUCAAAUAUGUCAUGAAUACACAUGUCCACGCUGACCACAUCACUGGAACUGGACUCUUGAAGAAGCUUGUACCUGGCUGCCAGUCCCUCCUGUCAAAGGCUUCCAACGGCCAGGCUGAUGUCCUUGUUGAACCUGGAGAGGAGGUUACAUUUGGUGAACAGAAACUUGAAGUAAGAGCUACUCCAGGACACACAAAUGGAUGUGUAACCUACGUCUGUCACGAUCAGAAGACAGCUUUCACAGGAGACGCACUAUUGAUAAGAGGAUGUGGGAGAACUGAUUUUCAAGAAGGUUCUGCAGACACACUUUAUGACUCUGUGCAUGGCCAAAUAUUAAGUCUGCCAGAUGAUUAUACGUUAUAUCCAGCUCAUGACUACAAGGGUGUGACAUCAACCACUGUGGAAGAAGAAAAGCAAUUCAACCCAAGGCUCACCAAAUCAAAGGAAGAAUUUAUCGAUAUCAUGAAUAACCUUGGUCUUCCGUAUCCAAAGAAAAUUGAUGUCUCUCUUCCUGCCAAUUUGGUUUGUGGAUUGUACAACUUACCAGAUGAUUUGGCAGCAAAGCUGGAGUAGAGAUGAUGUCACAGUGGAAUGGUUGAAAUACCUCACAAUUUAGAACACGUAUCUAUUAGCAGAUUUUUCUUCUCGCUAAGUGCUUCUAUUUUCAAUACUGUAUGUGGUUGUAGUUUGAUUAAUUAAGUUAAUAGCGCAUAUUUAAUUUUAGAUAGUACAAUAUACUAAUGUGGUGCAAGGUUGUAGUUAAUGGAGUACGUAGUAUUUUAAAUCAACAUGGCAGAUUGUAUUUCAGGUAGGUAAGUGAAAUAGAUAAAAAAAUUAUUUUGCAUAUAAAGGCCUAUAUUUUUCUUAUGAAACAAGGUAGAAUAUUUCCAUUAAGUACUUGGACCAAAUCCAUAAAUAGCAUAUACUCUAGCUUACAAAAGUAGUACAGCAGAUUAUUCCUAGGUUUUUAAUUGUUACCUUUCUGCUUAUCAUGCAGAAUAUGCUUGAAAUACACCCAUCUAUGGUUACAAUUAGCACAUGCGUUUUUCAACAAGCUGUUUUCUUUUAGUAACUGAAUCACCAUAAUGCAUUAUUAGUUGAUGUUCCAAUAGAUAUUCCUGUUAUUCUUUGCACCUUGUGGAUCGCAUGUGAAAAAUAAAUAGAAGUGAGAUUUGCAUAUUUUAAGUGGUUUAAAUAUUUAGGUAAUUAUUGUAGUAAUUCAGGUCUGCAAGUUAAAAUUUGGAUUAAGUUAAUUAUCACAAAAGCAAUAAAGCUAUCCCUAUAAGUUAGAAUUGUUAGUUGAUAUGGUUACCAUCACUGCCAGUUUACAAGGAAUUUUUAACUAAAGAUGUAUGAAACUGUGAUUAAGCAAAGUAUAGCAAUGGAUAAUUUUUUUUGAAGGACAUUGGUGUUGAGUAAGUGUGAUUGAGUGUAAAGAUUACAAAUAUAAUGCUGUGAUUCUAUAUUUAGGAUGAUUUGGCUGUGCAGAACAGUAGUACUACUUUUAUAUGGUCUAAAAACUACUUUACAAAACUAUCAAAAGCAUCAUAUCUUCAUCAUAGUUUCAGUUUGCUUAUAACAGUCAGCUAUUCCAUUGGUUAUAUACGUAAUUUACUUUGUUCAUCUGCCAUACUUACCAGUCAGUAAUCAUUUAGGUUAGACUGAUAAUAUUGACUAGAAAGACAUUGUUACUCUAAGUUUUGAAAGUGGCAAUUUAGUGUGACCAAUUUUCUCUUCACAAUCUCAAAGCAGCUUUUAAUAUUUUUAAUUUUUAGUAUAUUUAAAUAAUCUUUGCUCAUUAAAGAAUAUGUUCCAGUUUAAAAAGCAGCGUGGUAAAUGUUAGCUGUUAUGCCUUGAACAAAGAAUAAUUUUUAGCAUUAUUUAAAUCAUAUACGUAUGUUAAAUAAUUUAGAGUCCAUAAAGUAAUAACGUGAAACACAAAAUAUUUAUCAGUCUUCUGUUCUUUAUGAAACUUACAAAGUUAGCUGUUGAAAAUUUUAUGAAUCUUUUUUGUAAAGCCUUAUAAAUCCCCACAAUUUUAGUCUUAGUUGUUUUUAUGGUGGCAUUGCCAAAUCAUCAUGAUCCUGGUGGAUGUUGGUAUUUAUGUAGAAAAUCUUGUAUUGUUUACAAGAUUAUUUCCUUAUUUUAAUAUUAUGUACAAUGAUUUAAUGACAUGGAAUUUGGACCAAAUCAGCACAUUUUGGGGAAUUCACAAGCUCUAGUGUCCUUUAUUAUUUGUAUGAUUAGUCAUUUAUAUUGUUUGUUUUUGAUGUUGGAAAAGGUUGUUAUGGAUUACCUGUUGCGCAAAACUGUUAGAAUACUCUACCUGAAAACCACCAUUAACAAGCCUGAAGAGGUUGGCGGUUAAACUCUAUGUAGUAUGAAUGGUGAUUGUCUAUUGAGAAAUGGUGAUAGUUUACGGUUAAGGAUUAAUGAACCUGUCUUUUUGGUUUGGUAGUCAACACAAACUUUUUUAUUACAGCGUUGAUGAUGAAAUACUAAAAAAAUUUAGGAGACUGAUAAUGGAUGAGUUGUUUACUUUGGUCAAGUAUAUGGUUUGUUCAAAGUAAAUUCCAUUACAGGUAUUCCCAUGUAUGAAAUGUAUGAUGGGCUGGGAUUGGUUCGUUGCUUUAUCUGAAGUAUACAAGCUGCUAGCAGAGUAGAAAUGCAGCGAACAACCCUUCACAUUAAGAAGGAUAGGAUUGAUAUUGUACUGUUUCAUAGCUGUUCACUUGACCACAUAUUUUACAGGUAAAGAUAAUCUAUCUUUUCCUGUAAUUAUUGGAUGUGACAUGGUCUGUUAAUUAUAGAAAGAUUUGGUACAGGGCUUUUACAGUAUAGCCUGGAAAGAAAAAUUUGAAAUGCACAUUAUUUUUGUAUGCUAAUUCAAAAUGAAUUUUCAUCAUUAUUAUGCAAGACAAUCAAAGCUCAAAGUCUGGUACUGUAGACUGACAAAGCAUGUUACCAUUUUUUUUUUAUUGUUGUUGAAAUACAAUUCUAUAUUCAAA